AUGUCGAAUCACUAUUCCCAAAACCGAAAACACAAUAACCAGCAAGAACUUCUACCCCCCAGCUCCCCGCUAUUCCCAGCGCUGCAGCUAACCAACCAGCUGCCGCACAAUACAAAUAUCUUUACUCCAACAUUGCCCGAUAAACCAACAUGUUCUACUUCCUCACUAUCCGUAUACAUCAUCCCUUCAGAACAAAACCUCUUUGUCCAAGGGUUUGAUCCAAGAGAAUACAUAUCAAGACCACCGACAAUUCUUCGUGGAACUCUUUUCAUCCGUGUAAUCAAGCCUACAAAAAUCAAAUCCAUUUCACUAUCUUUUCGUGGUGUUCAACGAACGGAAUGGCCGGAAGGUAUACCCCCAAAGAAAAACAGCUACGCAGAGGUCAACGAUGUAAUCAACCAUACUUGGCCCUUCUUCCAAACACCAUCGGCUGGUGGUAGCAGCAGCAGUAGCGGUAAUGCUACUGCUACUGCUACUGCUGCUACUGCUUCUUCUACCUCUUUUUCUUCCCCACAUAAUGGAGCUGAUUUUUAUAUCGAAAGAAAUGGUGCAAACCGAUCCGGACUCAAUGAUGAAACAAGCGCUAGUAAUGUUAAUGUUGCUGCUGCUGCUGCUGCUGCUGCAAGAUCCCCUUCUCCUGCACCAAGAAGAUCGGCUGGUACUUCAACCUCCCUCAACUCCACCGAGUCCUCCGGUAAUUUCUUACUGAGAAACUUAUCACCAAGUUUCCUUAGACGUUCUAAAUCACCUUCAAUAGGCUCCUUGGACGCAGCAGCUCUCGGAGAACUAACCACGGUAACUUCACCUUCUUCUGAUCCUCAAUCCCAGAUGCAUUUUGCUCCAGGAGACUACUUGUACAAUUUUGAACACCCUUUACCACCAUCCAUCCCAGAAUCAUGCAAUGUUACUUUUGGCUCUACUGCUUACAAUUUAGAAGUCUCUAUUCAAAGACCGGGAACUUUUAAAUCAAAUCUAUCGGGAAAACUCCCCAUCAAUAUCAUCCGUACCCCCUCCGAGCUAAACAUGGAAGAAAACGAAUCAAUUGUAAUCUCAAGAGAUUGGGAAGAUCAAAUCAAGUACGAUAUUGUCAUUGGUGCAAAAUCUGUCGUCCUAAACUCAUACCUCCCCUUGGCUUUUCGGUUUGUGCCCUUGUGGGGAAAAGUAGCUUUACACAGGAUCAGAAUAUAUUUGACUGAGAAUUUGGAAUAUUAUUGUAACAAUAAGAAAGUGCAUAGAAUGGAACCACCAAAGAAAUUUUUACUUUUAGAACACAAGGCAAGGAAAGGUAGAUCUCUUUUGCAGACUAAUCCACACGAUGAGUCAGAAGUUGGCUUGGAUCAGUACGAUGAAGAUGUUUUGCCCAAGGAAUUAGAAUUUCAACUAUACGUACCUAAAGAUAUUACUGGUAGAGGAUUGACUCAAAUACAUCCCGAUACUUCUUAUGAAAAUAUACAGGCUCAUCAUUGGAUCAAAAUAUGUUUAAGGAUUAGCAAACAAGAUCCGGAAAACCCGCAAAAGAGGAAACAUUAUGAGAUCUCCAUCGACUCGCCAUUACAUGUCUUGUCGCCUUUAGCAGCGCACGGCAAUACAUUAUUGCCAGCGUACGACGAUCUAAUUGACAGUAACAACAAUACACACACACCAGCAUCGGUUGCAGACAAUAUCCUAUCCCCUGGUGUGACACCGGUUGACUACCACCACAACCACCAUAGUCACCAUAGUCACCAUAGUAGUAAUGAGCCUACACCUGAAGCCUCUUCAUCAUCAACUACAGCAAUCAGGUCGAUGCUCAACAACAAUCGGAGAUCAAGUUCUCCAGGUAAUCGACCCGUAAUCCCGGACCCAGACAUUUUAUCCCCCGCGAGGUCGAUUGAGUUCCAUCACAUCAAAUCAGAAUUAAACUUGGCAGGGUUGGCAGGAGAAACCGAAGCCAAUAUGCAUUUGGAUGCAAACUUGUACAAACCAGAAACUGAAGAAACUAUAUCCACGAUAAAUUCACCACAAGCCAGACCGCACGACGGGACAUUCACCUCACCUUUAAACUCACCAAUACAGAGACCUAUCCAUCUCAUAAGAAAACCCUCGAUUGCCCCACCACCAUUCGACGAGGCUGCCAAAGACCCAAAGAUGUCUUUACACCCACCUGCAUACCAGGAAAGAGACGAGGGGUCAUUGAGCUUAAGUCCUUUGAGAAUUGACGACACAAAUGACGCAUCUUUUGCUAACCCAUUAAACCCGUCAUCUAGCUCCAAAGGAAUUUCAAGUUUGAAUGCCCAGUCCAACACACCAGUGAGAGACCUAUUAAUUCAACAAUUGAAUGGCAGUCGUUCCGAACUGGCGCAAGACACACAAACGCAACAAUCAUCGGCUUCACCCAUUACCGAAAAUAACAGCUCAACGCUUCCCCAAAUUACCAUAGACGCCUCGGAUUCCAGCCAUGAAGAGCAAUCUAUUGCUAAAAAGGAAAAUAAAACCGAGAACAAGAUAUCUGCACCAGCUAAAACUGAGGAAAAAGACCUUGCCGAUGAUGAGUUUUUACCUGUAUCCCCCAGUUUGCCAGCCAUUGGUUCCUGCUCAAGAAGGAACAGAGAACGUACAAGUACUGAUGGGUCGUCAGAUAAAAUGUCACCUUCGCCGAGACGCACAUCAAAUGCACAAGCAGAGUAUAAUAAUAACAAAACUAGAAAAAACUCAACUGCAGAUAAUCAGGAUAUGCACUCAUCAUCAAAUUCGCGAUCUCGUGCAUCUUCAAUCUCCUCAAUAAGUUCGGAACAAACCCCACUCGAUCAAACGAUGCCAUUACUAAACCAGUCGACGAGCUCUAUUGCAACUCACAAUGCGUUCUUCAAUUCGGGCUCCAACAUGUACGCCACAGAAACGAAUCAGUCAAUUGGCUCUUCAAUCUAUGAUUUGGCGUAUCGUCGCCCAAGCCAGGUGGGUACCAAACCUGCAGGUGUGUUUAUGUCUGCACUUGGUAAUGAUAUUGCUGAAGAUGAGUUUAGAGGCUUUAACAGUUUACAUCACUUGCGAAACCCUAGAAUCGGGAAGCACUACCAAAACUUUGACAAUGACAAUGAUAACGAUGCAGGCAUGAGCACUGGCACUGGAACUGGAACUGGCACUAGCACUGGAACUGGCACUGGCACUGGCAAUACGUCUGAUUCAUUGGCAAUUUUACCUGACAAAACAGGAGUUGCCACAACAAAUACAAACCUUUUUACACUGGAUAAUCGGCUGGUAACUCACAAUGCUGUUCCUGAAGAGAUUAUUGAUGAAGAAGAAGCGAGCGAGGAAUCGGGUCUGACUCUUGAUGAAGUUCAUUUGCACCAAAUACAAUCACAAGUACCAAAAGAAUCGAAGGAUCGUGGCGUCGAUAGCGGAGUUGGUGCUGAUGCUGGUGCUGGUGCUGAUGUGAAUGUGGGUGCCGGUAAUGACGGAGACAAAAUGAAUAACUGGCAUCAACAUGGUCCUCCGCAUAGUGGGGCAAUGGAAGAAGUCCCGGCAUAUAAGAUGGGGUACAUCAUAGAGUGA